AUGCAUCCAAGAGUCGCCGGUCCUCUUGGCAAGGUCAAACAGCACCCCGGCUUCACCUUAUACGCCCUCGACGACAACUCAACCAGGGCGGUAAUCUACAUUGACCGCCGGCUGACAGCAUCGGCCACAAACGCUCCCAAGCCCGCUCUGGUCUCAGCGACCAUGAACGGCCUAACGAUUACCAAUACCGCCGCAGCAACUGCUGCCCUCCAAACGACUCCCCAAGGGCAAGUUCCAGGAGGCCACACGACUACUCCGAACUCUCCUUUCCCCCCUCCCGCGGCCUUCGAGACCAGACAGGCGCUAGAGGAGUAUGCAUGGGCUGUGUACGACGUUUUGGCAGGUGUGGUGGGCCGCUUCGCGAUCCGUCCCGGCAAACAUACGAGGAGCGCCCGGUGGUGGACGGAGGUGCUUGCGACGGCCAGGGAGGUCGAACCAGUGAUAUACCAAGAGAUGGCGGCGUAUCUGGUCACCCAGGUCUUUCGCCCAGCCGGGGCGCAAGAGGGCACAGGCCUGCCUGCUCGACUCCCGGCACCCCCCGACUGGGCCGCUAAGUUAGCGGCGGUUUCCAACGAUGACGAGCUCAAGGACGCCAUUCUAGAAGCCACGUCCAAUGUGGCGGGAGCCGUGCCAUCCAGGUCGGCCCUCGACCUGGUGCAGUCUUUGGUACAUGACGCGGAGCCGAUGGUAAGACAGAGCUACCACGAACUCCUGGUGACAGUCGAUGUGGACUCGACGUAUCUCUCUGUCGAUACGACUAAAACGGAGGUCCUCCACAUUCCCCCCGUGGCUUCGGGGCCAAGCGCAAUAGAAUCAACCCAGCGAGGAUCUCAACUAAAGUCCGACUUCGCCGACACCCCUACCAAGACUGGUCUCGCCUACAUCAGGCGGCAGCGGGCUUCGGGGCCCAGCCCCGAUGGGAACCGCGUCGCUUGGGGCCUAGGGCGUGGCUUGGUCUCCCUCCAAACCCCCCGAAAAGGUGCCGGGUACCCCUCCCAGCUAUGA